GGAGAGCUGCGCGGCCAGACGUGUGGUUCCCCGGCGCGGCGGGGCCUCCUGCCAGCUCCAUGAGCACUUUCUACUUGUGCAUGGGCUUGGUUUAUACAAAUUGCCAUUAAAACAUCGCUGCACCAGCCAGCCUCCGGCCUCUAUCUGCAGGGGGCGGGGCGGGGCUCGCCGGCUUCCAGGAAGGAAGAGACGGGGACGCGCGCGCCGCUGACCUCGUGCCUGCGCCCCCGCUAAGGCGUGGUUUUCCGCCUCCGACGUGUUUCCCGCCUUUAAAGGCAUUUCGCCCUUCCCUUUAAAACGCACCGCCCCCUCUCAGUCACUUCCAAGAUGGCGGACCUACUGGGCUCCAUCCUGAGCUCCAUGGAGAAGCCACCCAGCCUCGGCGACCAGGAGACUCGGCGCAAGGCCCGAGCCCCAGUUUCAUGCUGCCAUUUCUCACCUCCAGAGCAGGCUACCCGUCUGAAGAAACUACAAGAGCAAGAGAAACAACAGAAAGUGGAAUUUCGUAAAAGGAUGGAGAAAGAGGUGUCAGAUUUCAUCCAAGACAGUGGGCAGAUCAAGAAAAAGUUUCAGCCUAUGAACAAGAUAGAGAGGAGCAUACUACAUGAUGUAGUGGAAGUGGCUGGCCUGACAUCCUUCUCCUUUGGGGAAGAUGAUGACUGUCGCUACGUCAUGAUCUUCAAAAAGGAGUUUGCACCCUCGGAUGAAGAGCUGGAAUCCUACCGCCAUGGAGAAGAGUGGGAUCCCCAGAAGGCUGAGGAGAAGCGGAAGCUAAAGGAGCUGGCCCAGCAGCAGGAGGAGGAGGCGGCCCAGCAGGGACCAGUGGUGGUAAGCCCUGCCAGUGACUACAAGGACAAGUAUAGCCACCUCAUUGGCAAGGGAGCAGCCAAGGAUGCAGCCCACAUGUUAGAGGCCAAUAAGACCUAUGGCUGUGUGCCCGUGGCCAACAAGAGGGACACACGUUCCAUUGAAGAGGCCAUGAAUGAGAUCCGAGCCAAGAAGCGUCUGCGGCAGAGCGGGGAAGAGUUGCCACCUACCUCCUAGGAGCCCCACCCAGCUCCCUUUGACCUCUUGGGGCAGGGCAGGGAGGGACAAGGCUGCUGCUAUUAAGACCCAUCCUGGAGCCCCACCUCUGGAACCUUCUGCCAGCUGUCACUUAGGCUGGGGGGAGCAGGUGUUUGUCACUGUCGGAGCUUGGAUAUGUAUGUGCAGGAUGUGUGUGUGUGUGUGUGUGUAAAAGUGUGAAUGCACAGGUGAAUAUUUAAUCUGUAUUAUUCUCUGUUCUCCUUGGAACUUUCUUCCCCAUGGGGCUGGUUACUUUACAUUCAAUAAACACUGUUUGACCCAA